GUGUGUGUGUGUGUGUGGAGGCUCUCAGACAUCAGCAGCAGUGUUCAGCUGAUGGGUUCUAGACAGCCCUACACUAUAAGCACAGCAGCAGUAUAGAGGAGGCAGAUCUGCGGGAUCAGUGCAGCGAUGAUGAGCCUGUGUGUGCAGUGAAGGAGCGUCUGCGCUGCGCGUCUGCGGAGCUGCGUGUGACGCAUGCGCGGAUCAGCCAAUAGCGGCCCGGGAUGCGCAGCGGAGUUGCGCAGAUGCGCAGUGAGCAGCGCAGCCAUUAUUACUCUUGAUCUGAAAUCUGAAUACUCCGCUCGGCUGCUCUGCUCCAGCAGUUUCCCCGAGACUCCACACAGCCGCAGCGAGCUGCAGAGAUCCGCGGCUCUGCCCGGGAGUUUACAAAGUUCAGCGACUGCAGGAUGAUGACCUCCCCGCCUGCGGCUGCCGGAGCGCCGGUCUGCGAAGAUGUGUGCGCCCGCAGCGGCUCUGGAGCUCCGGAGGCCCAGACACCCGCGCGGAUCUAUCCGCUCAGCGCCUUAUCCUCCACACCCACAUUCAGCAGCAGAGACAGCAAAGGCCCACACGCUCCUCCUCGUGGUCUGGAACCCGUCUCCUCCUCCUCGGAGUUCCCCCACGGGGCGGUGUUGCAGCUGAUGGAGGCGAUGCGGCGCUGCUGGAGUGUGUUUGGCGCACGCGAGCGUUCGUUGCUGUUCCAGAGCGUGCAGAAGGAGCUGGAGGCGCACGGACACACACUGCCCGUGGAGAGGAUCCGCCGCAAGUGGAACAACCUGAUCGUCACGUACAAGCGGGUGAAGGAGCGCAGCGCCCUGAGCGGAGGACACGCCAAAACCUCCUGGGAGUACUACGAGAUGAUGGACAGUAUUUUAGGGACGGCUCCGUGUGUGCAGCGGGGCCCGGCGUCUGCCACUCUGGUUGGGUUUGCGAGUUCAGCUUCAGCUGCGGUGGGGGCGGAGGAUCCUCCAUCAGUCCCCGCUGUGCCCGCUCUGCUGCCCACCGGCCUACAGAUGCCCACACAGGCUCCCGUGCCGGUGCUCCGCAAACUGAGCCCCAAACGCAGCCCUGAGGCUCUGGGGCCCGUCCCGCUGCAGGCCCCGCUGGGCUCCCGGCGGCGCAGGCUGCGGCCCCUGCGUUCGGGCCCCGGGGCCCCUGCGGCGGCAGCAGUGGAGGAGCGCACGGCUCUCCUGCGCAGCUUCCUCAGUGGGCAGCAGGAGCGGGCGCGAGUGGAGCAGCAGCAGCAGCGCAGGAGUGAUGCCCGCGGGCGCCGCAGGGAACGGGCAGCUCGGGCAGCAGCGGAGGGCAUGGGCAGGAUGGCGGCGGCGCUGGAGCUCAUCUGCUCCAAACAGGACACCAUCAUCGCCCUGCUGCAGCGGCUGGCCGACCGCCACUAACAACACACACACACACACACACACACACACACACACACACACACA